ACAGUUCCUACCACGAAGCCGGCCUCUGACUCAGUCCCAGCUAGCAAGGCGAAUAGUACGGUGUGAAGACACGCGCGGUUAGCUGGUCAGGGUGGCACAAUACAUUUUAUUUCCAGGUUCCCCGUCUAAUGGACACACUCUUUGUAAAUGCUUUUUAAGAACACACGCUUGAGGAAAGCGCAAACUGGCUUCUCUGCGGGCCCCGGCCUCGAGUCUUAUCUGAAGGGUUUCAACUUCACCGGCGAACCGCCUUGGCUGCUCUGCACCUGAUUACGUUUGCAUAACUCCAGCUGUUUCUCAUUCGCAUACUUUUGAAACCAGUUUCUUAAAAAGAAAUAAAAGGACCUGCGAGACCAUGAGCUCUUACACUCCGGCGGACUUUGACUUCACUUUCCUGGAGGAGGGGUUCUGUGCCCGUGACUGCGUUGAGCAGAGGAUCAACGAGUCGUCCAUGUCGGACGACAAAGACGCCUUCUACGUGGCGGACUUGGGGGACGUCCUGAAGAAGCACCUGAGGUGGGUGCGUGCCCUGCCCCGCGUCAUGCCCUUCUACGCCGUCAAGUGCAACGACAGCCGCGCCGUUGUCAUGACGCUCGCCUCCCUGGGGACGGGGUUCGACUGCGCCAGCAAGAAUGAGAUCCAGCUGGUGCAGUCUCUCGGGGUGGACCCCAGCAGGAUCAUCUAUGCCAACCCUUGCAAGCAGGUGUCCCAGAUCAAGUACGCCUCUGCCCACGGGGUCCAGAUGAUGACCUUCGACAGCGAGGUGGAGCUCAUGAAGGUCGCCCGUUGCCAUGAAAACGCCAAGCUGGUGCUCCGCAUCGCCACGGACGACUCCAAGGCAGUGUGCCGGCUGAGCGUGAAGUUUGGGGCGACGCUGAAGAGCAGCCGGCUGCUCCUGGAGCGCGCGCGGGAGCUGGGCCUCGACAUCAUCGGGGUCAGCUUCCACGUGGGCAGCGGCUGCACCGACCCCGAGACCUACAGCCAGGCCAUCUCAGACGCCCGCUGCGUCUUCGACAUGGGGGCUGAGCUGGGCUACAACAUGACCCUCCUGGACAUUGGCGGGGGAUUCCCUGGGUCCGACGACUCCAAGCUGAAGUUUGAGGAGAUCACGGCUGUCAUAAACCCAGCGCUGGACAAGUACUUUCCGGCCGACUCUGGGGUCAGAGUGAUCGCUGAGCCGGGCCGCUACUACGUGUGUUCAGCCUACAUGCUGGCGGUCAACAUCAUCGCCAAGAAGGUGGUGAUGAAGGAGCAAUCGGCCUCUGAUGAUGAAGACGAUGGGGCCAACGACAGGACCCUGAUGUACUAUGUGAAUGACGGGGUCUACGGCUCCUUCAACUGCAUCCUGUAUGACCACGCCCAUGUCCUGCCAACUCUGCACAAGAAACCCAAGCCGGACGAGCGCACCCACCCCUGCAGCAUCUGGGGUCCCACCUGCGACGGGCUGGACCGCAUCGUGGAGCAGUGCAUCCUGCCGGACCUGCCGCUCGGCGAGUGGCUGCUGUUUGAGAACAUGGGGGCCUACACCGUCGCCGCCUCCUCCACCUUCAACGGCUUCCAGAAGCCCGACAUCCACUACGUGAUGUCCCGGAGCGCCUGGCAACGCAUUCAGCAGAUCUCCACUCAGGGGCUGCAUGGCCCCAUUGAAGAGGCCUGUCCCAGCGACCUGCCGUCCUGCUGCAGGAAGGAGAGCAGCCUGGAGCUGCCGGCCAAGCCCUGCCCCGCCCACGUGCUGUAACCACUCCCAUAAUGCACAGCGCGCAGCACGCCACAUUUCAGUUUUUGGGUGUGUGGGCGGGGAACUCACUUCUUGUACUUUCCUGUUUCAAGAAACCGGUUACUUGACAAGAAAGGGGAAGAGGCAAGAGUGUGUACGAUCAUCCUUUCUAAAGGAUGUAGCGUGUGAAUCUUCUCUUUCUGAUUAAUUGGGGGAACUAUUAUUAUUAUUAUUAUUAUUUUUUAUUUUUUAUUAUAUUUCUUUGAGAACCUUAUUUUAAACAGACACAGGUGUUGGCGUGUCAUAAGCACACACAUGCGUGCUUUCUGGUAGCGGAAUAAAAAUGUUGAGCAGUAGAACCAAAUGCUUGUAGGCCCCCAAAGACGUUCGGCCUGAGAAUCCAUACUUUCGCCGGACAAAUUGCAUUCCGCGUCUCUGUGUGAAAGACUGAGAUUUUUACCCCUGAAAGAAGGGCUUUUGCCCCCCUUGCAACCUCUGACAUUUCAUGGAGAUGGGUGACACACUGUUGUGUGCAGGGGUGCCUUGGUUAGUUUGCUUUGCUAAACAUUGCUAAGCUCAAAAUUGCCUGGACACCCAUUGGGUAACCCCCCCCCCCCCCUCCCACACCUUGCUGCAAGGUUUGGCAGAUGUAGGGAAACCUGCCCCCCCCCCCCUUUCAGGGUCUGGCUGCUACAGACUUAUUUAAUAUUUAAUUUUGCUCAUCUUUCAUACAGAAAUGCUUUUUCAGGGGACAUGCAAACUUGCCUUUCUGCUCAAACCCUCCCACCACUUGAAGGUUUUUUUAAAAUAUUAAUAUUAAAUAAUGAUAAAGAAAAAAAAAUACAAAUGAUGUAUUGAAAGCAGAUGAGAGAUGGAAUUGCACAUUUCAUUUCCAUUUCCUAUGGAAGCUUUUUUUUUUUUAACAAAAAAAAACAAAAAUAUUUUGUAUUUUUUUAUAAUAAAAUGUUAACCCAGAGCACUGGUGUGUGGAGACUUUAUUUGGGACAUUGUCUGUAAAUCUCAUGGGGUGUAUAUAUUGGUCACUACGCAACACUGCAUAAAAAGAGAUAAAUCUGAACCAGAAAACUCCAGCAUACACCGCUGAACUGUGGAAGUUUCUGUUAUUUGCUGUCCGGAGAGGUUUAAAUUCUACCGGUUCCGGAUAUAAACCAUUCACUUUGCAUGGGGAAGACGGGAAACUUCCGUGUAAAGCCAUCAGUUGCCUUGCUGGCUAAUCCCCUGUGGUACUCCGCCUGGAAACAUUUUCAUACCCGAGGGACAUGUGCAUUUCACACCUCAGUGACACUCCUGACACAGUGCUUUCCCCCCUGCUGGUAACUAGUCUCCAAACUGCCUCGCCUCAGACCCGAUGAGAGGUGAGGAGUGACAUGAGAAGUACCGGAUCGCAGCCGUCGGCUCUUUUCCGAAUCCAAGCGCGCAAUGAAACUCCGCACGUGAAAGGCACCCCCCCUCUCCCCCCCUCGUUGUCUGAACACACGAACAGACCUGGAGGGAGGAGUCUAACCGUCAAAGCUGGAUAGUGGGGGCAUCUGUUACGCUACCUCUCGCACGGUAUAAGUGAGCUCAACGGCAGCUAGUUCCCCCUCAGACGGGCGCUGUUUCUGCUACGCGCGACCCUGUUCAUUCCUUAGCCUAGCGCACCAGCUCCGAGGCCCUGAUCACAAUCCGCGGUGUUGUCUGUCUUCAACUGGGAACCCCAGAUUACACACAAUUCAACCGAGCGCUGCGGGAAUGGGAAAUGCAAAUACCAAAUUGUUACUUUAAAAAAAAACAUUUUGCCAGAUGGGGAAAAGACCAUAGGACUGAAAAGGCAGUGUUACGUUUCCUGUGCCAUUUGCAUUUGUCUAUUACUUGUUUUUUACUGAAGGGUUUUAGGAUUUAGCCAAUUCAGUGUUCAGUUCUUCGUCUGAAAGGCAAUGAAAAAAUCCAUGUCUGUAAAACCACAAGGAUAUGAUUCAUUCUUGGAAGUACACUUUACUUCUCAAUAAAGAUGAACAAUAAAAUUAUUGUGUAUAACUGAAUAAAUGUAUUGAAAUUCUG